UUAAGAAUUUAAUCAACAUAUCAUGUGAGUAACUUUUUUGAAAAAUGGUGUGUCGGCAUAUGUGACACGUGUCUGUUUCAAUGCAUUAUAGAUAAUGAUCUUAAAUGGGAAAAUAAGGACACGGUCAGGAUUUGAAACAAAGACCUUACACCACUCCUAUGCUUUGAUUUUUGUACAAAAAUCAAAUCCAAUUUUAGUUUUUUAUUCGAGUUUAUAAUAACUUGCAUCCUAACACACCAAAAGUAAAUCUUUCAUAACAAAAGGACCCAAAAGAUGUUAUCCUAACAUUUCUAGAAGCCAAUAUCGAUGAACCUAGGAUUACCUCCCAAAUUGCUAACUUUAAUAUUCAUGAUAGCCUCAAUAAAUAUUGUAUUAGCCACUAGGAAAAGGUCUUCCAACAGGACAAGAGAUAAUCCCCAAGUGGGAGCAGCACUCACUUUAGAUUUAUUCAUAAUAUACUGUAGACAGUUAAUUACAUCAAAAUAACGUUUUUAAACCAAGAGAGACUAAUAGUACAAAAAGUUAGCAGUUACCAGUAAAAAUGCAUUAACAAUUAAAUAAGUUAAAAACGUGCUCAAUUAAUAUUCAAAAUGCACAAUUAUUGAUUCCUACCAACCGGGCCCCUCAAUUUCCAUUAGUCUUUCGAAAAAGAUGGCCUGCAAGGCACCAGUAUUUAACUAUUUAUACAUGCAUGAUAAUAAGAUUCAUCAUUCAUUAGAAGUAGGAUCAUAUAUACUAGCUGGAAGUGAAAGUAGACACAGAAAUGGCACUUAAGUGCAGACCGCUUCUUCAUCUAAUGAUCGUAUGCAUAAUCUCAGUACUCUUCCAAUCACAUAAAACAGCUGCAGUCUCCUUGGCAUUGGAUGGUUGCCAAGAAAAAUGUGGAGAAGUGGAAAUUCCUUAUCCAUUUGGCAUAAAGAAGGGCUGCUAUCUUGACAGGCAAUUUCAAAUUAUAUGCGAUGAUGCAUCAAAUUCUGCCUUUCUAGGUGACUCUAAAACGAAGAUAGAUCACAUCUCCAUACCAGAUCACCAUGUAAGGGUUUCCAACUUCCCAGUUCUAAAUAUGACUUUCAUCAAUGGAUCAUCAGGAGAAAGUUUGAGAGCACAAUCUACUAAGGAAUUUAAUUUUAGACGUUUCAGUUUGUCCCACACAAAAAAUAUGUUUGUUGUAGUGGGAUGUGAUUUGUAUGCCUAUGUUGUUCAUAAUGCAACUAAAGAGUUCCUCACCGGAUGUGGAUCUCUCUGCAACAGCACUGACAUAGUCAGGUCCACUUCACCUUGCUCGGGGUUUGGUUGCUGCCAGUCAAGUUUGCCGAAAGAUAUCUCAAUUUUUAAUUUGUGGGUUAAUAGAAUAAAUACCUUCACAGAGUCCUGGCUAUCACAUCCAUGUGGCCAUUUCUUUUUUGCAGCUAAGGACGUCCAAAUUGAUUAUCGACAUAAUUUCUCUGCUUGUAAUGAAAAUUAUUAUGUGCCUGUAGUCCUUAACUGGACAGUUGGAAACACCAGUUGCAGCAACGCGGAGACAAAAAACGACUAUCGCUGCGGCCCGAAUAGUAAUUGCUAUGAUAAUGAUGGUGGUGGGGGAUACAGAUGCAUAUGCAAUCAAGGUUACCAAGGAAAUCCUUACCUCCCCAAGGGAUGCGAAGAUAUUGACGAAUGUUUAAAGCCCAAUCACAAUGGCUGCCAUGAGAAAGGCCGCUGCAUAAACACACCAGGAAGCUACUAUUGCCGACGUAGUCGAGGACAUAUAUUGGCACUGUUCAUUCCCUUAGGAGUUGGCCUUGCUGCUGGCCUUCUAAUUUUGGCAGCUGUUAUUCUCUGGCUCUUCUGUAAAAUUAAUAAAAUGAAUGAAAGGAAAGUUAAGCAGAAGCUCUUCAAGAGAAAUGGUGGUUUACUACUUCAACAACAGAUCUCUUCGAGUACAGGAAAUGUAUUUCCUGAAACAAAGCUCUUCGUGAUCGAAGAGUUGGGGAAGGCAACAGACAAAUUCAACAAAUAUCGUAUUAUUGGUAAAGGAGGAGUUGGUACUGUCUACAAAGGAAUGCUGUCAGAUGGCAGCAUAGUGGCUGUAAAAAGGUCCAAUAUCAUUGAUGAGAGUCAAGUCAGUCAGUUCAUAAAUGAAGUUUUCAUUCUGUCCCAUAUAAACCAUAGGCAGAUAGUGAAACUGUUAGGUUGUUGUUUGGAGGCAGAAGUUCCAUUAUUAGUAUAUGAAUAUGUGCCCAACGGAACCCUCUCUCACCAUCUUCACGAUGAGCAUAACGUCUCGAUAAUUUCUUGGGACAAUCGUCUACGUAUCGCUGCAGAAAUUGCAGGAGCCCUGGCUUACUUGCAUUCAUGUGCUUCAACAGCUAUUUUUCACAGAGACAUAAAGUCAAACAACAUAUUGUUGGAUGAGAAUUAUCGGGCUGUAGUGUCCGAUUUUGGACUCUCAAGGUCAGUAUCCAUUGAUAAGACUCACUUGACAACACUCAUUGGGGGCACAUUUGGUUACCUAGAUCCUGAAUACUUCCAGUCAGGGCAACUAAAUGAUAAGAGUGAUGUUUAUGCAUUUGGGGUAGUUCUUGCUGAGCUCCUAACAGGUCAAAAAGCCAUCUCUUCCAAAAACAGUAAUGAAGCUCUAGCAAUACGCUUUCGAUUUGCACUGAAAGAGAACCGUUUGUAUGGGAUUCUAGAGAAGCUAGUGGCAAAUGAAGGUCAUAAAGAGGAUAUUAUUGCAGUUUCCAAGCUCGCCAAGAGAUGCCUAAAGCUAAAUGCACGGAAGAGACCAAGCAUGAAAGAAGUGGCAUCAGAACUUGAACAGCUGAGGAGGACAAGAGAGCAUUUGGUUCUUGAAGAGAGGUUUCAGGACAAUUAUUAUUCCGUAAGUCCAAGCUCCAAUAGCACCAAUGAAAUUGAGAGAACGACUAAAUGUGAUGGUGGACAAACUAGCUCCACUUGAAUUCUAAAGUUAGAAUUUUCCUUCAUAUAAUAAAGAAGCCGUCACGUUCAACUACAUGUAUUGAAAUAUAUCAUGAUCAAAUUUCAAAAUCUUCUACAGAAACCGUUGUUAAUAGCAUUGUCUUUCUUCUUGUCAUUUCUAAUGCAUUUCUUUGUUACAAUUUCUGUAUGACAGCAUAUGUUCUUUGGAA